AUGAGAGAAACUGAAAAAUUGAGAAUCAAACCUGGGUCAACCUACAACCGAAGUGUGAAUGCUAAUUCCAUCAAAGAGAACAAAAUGCUUAUGGGAUUAAUGACCACCACAAAAAAAAAAGUCGAAAUCCGAACUUCAACCAAACAUUCCCCUCCCCAAAACCCAAUCCUGAAUCAAAACCUGAGAAUUCAAAGGCUGAUCAGUCGGCACAAGAUGGCCGGCAUUCAUCACCACAGCAUGACUAAAACCCUUCCAUCUCUGCACAUAUCCCGCCAAAUUCCCAUCGACCCUCCAAACUUCCCUUUUUGCCCUCAGAAACUCACCGACUUCAUCCCAAUGCAUCUUCUCCACCCAAGCCAGAGUCGAAAACACGCCGUCCCUCAAAUCACACUGCCCCUGAUACAACAACAUCUUAAUCCCCUUUCUAACCAAAAACUCCACCAUUCCCCUCACGCUCUUCAUCACGUCCUCGUGCAACGCGCUCGCCACAGCCGGACUGCACAGCUCGAACUCAAUUGA